AUGCAUGAUGAGUUGGAAAAAGCUGGUAGGCAUUUGCUGAUGGUGAACGAUCAUUUGUCUGAAGAUUCAGUGGAACAGGGUGAUAUUUGCAUGACUCAGGUUCCUACUAUGUUCAGCGAUGAUGAGGAUCAAGAUGAGGAGCAGGAGACUGAGAUUCCACCGGAGGAAGGUGAUGAUGAUAUUCUGAUCUCUACUCAAGUCCAAGGUGCCAUAGAUGAACUGAACCACCAGGAGACUGUGGUGCACACCUUCCGCAAUGUUCUGUCAAGAUUUGCGCUGGAAACACAAGAUCAAGCGGAUAUUCCACUGGUGUCUUCCAAAAAAGUGCCAGUCAAGAAAGUGAUAAAAUCCUCAAAGGUCAAGCAGCCGACAGCACGAUUGCAGAAAAGAAUCAAGAGUAUUACCCAGUUCAAUACAGAUAAUUGGGAAUCAAAUAGAGUGAAGGAUAGGGCUCAGAAGAUGAUUUCGAUUCUUUCGGGUAAAUCUGCCAAGGUUAAAAAAUUGGUGUCGAAAUUGGACUCGGAGGCAUCUGCAGAUGCGGAAAGUUUACAGGAUUCUCAUCCGACACAAUUUGCGCCCUUUAAUGAAUCAGAAUGGCAACAUAUCGUUGGCCUCCUACGAGAAAAAUUACCAAAAGUUUCUAGAAGCGAGCUAAACUCGGUACAGCAAUACGUAUACGGUGCUGAUGAACAGCACAAUCUUUGGAAAGCGUCUCAGUUAUCCCCAGAAAAGCAGAUAUCUUCUCAGUGCUCAGAUGGAGAGUCUGAGACUAUUCUUCCAAGUUUAACGUUGGAUAACAAUGCGCCUGUGUAUACGUUGUCUCAACUUGUCGAAGGAGAAAGCAGUAAUAACCGGUGCUCAACGGAAGAUGGAUUGAGGUUCAAACCGAUCUCGAACCCAAGCUCUGUCAUCGAACAGGAACUACCAAUUAGCAUAGACGUGCCUUCAUCUGAGACGGAUGUACCGUCUCAGAUAGCCGAUUCAUGCGAUAGCGGGUCUAUCAUUAGCUUUGAAGAGCUGAGUUUCAUGAUUCAAGACAAGAACAAGGCAGACGUCGAUUACGAUAUACCAUGCUAUUUACCACCAGAUUCCAAGACUUUACCCACUGGUGAGAAAACGAAAAGGGAAUAUUCCAGGGCAAACAUAAACGAUCAACUGAUAAACAUAUCACAAACGUCUUACGAUGUAGUGUCCUCCAUCGUAUCUCCAAUGAAGGCCCAAAGAACCGGGACUAUUCAGGUGCCCGCAACGAGAACUACUACCUUUCAAGACCAACAACAACAGAAUCAGCAACAAGCUUCAAAACCUGCUAAUGUCGUCAAGAUAUAUGUUGAUAGCAAUAGGGACUCUAAUGACGUUUUCGCCAGUGUUAAGGGGGAGGUAGAUACGCAAGAGCAAGAAAGUUUGUCUACUUUAACUACUUCUAUGUUGCAUGAUGAUAAUAACGAAAUUGUUAUAGAUAGCGAAGAUGAAAGAGGUAGCUAUUCCAUUAUGGAGGUUCAUGAUGCUCCUCAAACUCAUCUUGGCCAGUUCCCCUCUCUACGGAAAUCUCAAUCUCAAAAAUUGAAAACCCCAGUUUCAGCCACAGAUUCUCUAGAUUCACAACUUCAGCCUGCCCUACUCACAACACAAAAUGCAUCUCCGAACACCGCGAAGCUACGAAGGUCUUUCAAGGUGAUCGGAUUAAAACCUUGUAAGAACAAAGUUCAGAUGUUGCAAGUAUGGGAGACAUUGGAAUCCAAAUUCCCGGGGUCCUCAGAUGAGGAUAGAUCAAUUCAACUCAAGCAAUUCCUCACGGACCUUAUAGUACAAAAUCGUGAUGAAUCUGCAUUAUUAAUGGAACAAAUAUACACUUUUGAGCCUAUUCGUUACGAACAGUUGAAAGAAUGGCUAGUAUCCUUGAACUCAUUCACUGAACUAAUCGACGAUAGUUUUAUCAAAAAUUGGGCAGAUUUAAACGGGAUUGUAUUCAGAAAUGAUACUGAGAACCCCUUGUUGUCACAAAGCCAAUCUCAAUCUCAAUCACGGUUGCUCUCACAAUCAUUAUCCCAACUGCAGUCGCCAUCAUUGUCUCCAUAG